AUGCAGGUCAUCGGGGCGGCAGUGGCAUCGGGUCGGGCGAAAGGGGGGGAUUGGGAAAGGGGGGGUUACCCUGCCAAGGCAUCGGCGGCGGGCGCCAACCAGAGCCUGUCUGGUCGCCUGCUCGCCCUCCGGAAGCUGGCCUCGGAGGAGGCGCUGUGCAGCGACGGGCCCGAGUGGAUGGCAGGCACGGCCGGAGUGAGGAGUUGGUUCGAUCGAGACUUGCUCGAGGCCGCCGUGAGUGCUGGCCCCGGGGGCGUCUACGCGGGCUACCUCCAGGAGGUGUGCUUGCCAGCGCAGCUCGCCUUGGACCUCCUCUGCUCGCAGCACGCCAGGCUGGAGGGCAGGCGCGGAAGAGCCCUGGCCGCGCGGCGCAUGAGGCGGCUGGGGGUACUGCUGCCCCUGGUGGCCGAGUGCCUGGUCUCCUCGCUGUGGCCCAUGGAGCCCGCCGACCUGCGGGCCUACCUCGGCAGCUGGGAGGAGGCCGUGUCAGCGGCCGCCGGGAGUCGCGAGCCGCCCGAGGUGCCGCCGUUCGAGGCCCUGGUGCUCCCGAGGCCCCUCGAGCAGCUGGACGAGCGGGUGCGGCGCUGCUUGCCCCUGCAGAGGGCAGGGCCGGCCUGUUGGCAGCGGGAGGCGGCGUCGUUGCUGGAGAGCUGCACCCGGUGCUGCAACCCUGCGUUCCCGCGGGGGCAGCGGGCCUGCUUCUCUGGGGGGUGGUCCUUCGAGGCCUGCUGCAACCCCGACGUCCCGGGGACCAGCUGGCCGCCACCCCCCGAGGCGGUGGAGGAGCUGGUGGCGCGCGGCCCGGCCUCGGGAGGCGGCGCGCCCCCGCCGGGCCGGGGGGCGGCGGAGCUGCGGGAGCUGCGGCGGGAGCUGCGCGAGGCCUGUCCGCCACAGUUCGGCGCUGGUGACAAGGCCCCCCGCUCCCGCGCCGCGGCGUGGGCCGAACUCCAGAGAUGGCUGGCCACCGCGAGGGCUCAGCCGCACGGUCUGCAGCGUGCCUUCCCCGAGCUGGACAUGCUCGUCUCCACCAAGGCGUGCGUGUCGCCCGAGACGGAGCUGCCCUGGUUCGUGCUCGCAGGCGGCGACCCCCAGGAGGAGGCGGCGGCCUCGGGCGUUGAGCUGGCGGUCGCCAUGGGCGCCGUGUGUGGCCCAGGCGUGCCCGUGGCGGGCGAGCUGGUGGCGCACGCAGGCGAGAGGGUCACCGUCCCAUGCAGGCGGCCUCCCGGCGGCCCCGAGCCACGCCACCGUCUCGAACCGUACGGCCUCGAGCUCAUGCACGCCUGCCGGCUUGCGCCGCAGGGCGGCUGCGGGUGUGGCACGGUUUGGUGCCCCAGCGACCCUGGCGGGUGUUGCCGCGAGGGCGCGAACGUUGAGUGGAGGGGGGUCGGACUCCUCACCGGGGAGCUGCGCACGAACAUCGCUCACUUCGCCCGCGACGCGCUCUGGCUGCAUCUGCACCUGCGGGGAAACGCCAGCCUGGCCGCGCUCGGCGUCGAGUCGACGGGCGGCGUGGAGGUCGUGCUCACGAAGCACGCCGCCACGGAGUGCUUGGAGAAUGGGCAAUGCGUGAAGACGGGGCGCGACAUACUGGGCACCAUGGAGAGCUUCCUGGCCGAGGUGGCGCUGCGCGACGCGGAGCCCGCUCCGCGGGUGCUGCAUACCGGUGACCCAGAGCGCAGGCACCCGAUCUGUUUCGAGACCGUUGCCCAGCGCUGGCGGCCCUGGGCGGGCGACGGACACUCGAUAGGAUCCUUCCGCGCCAAGGCGUUGGACCACUGCUCCCUGCGCGACCUCGGCCUCCAGAGGAAGGUCCUGGUCGUUCUGCGCGACGCCUCCUCGCGGCAGUGGUCCGACCAAGGGGCCCUCCAGGAGCAGCUGGGCGCAUUCGCGCGGUCCAUCGGCAGCUCCCUCCACGCCGUGUAUCUGGGCUGGCUGGAGCCGUGCGAGCAGGUCCGGGUGCUGCACGACGCCAUGCUGAUGGUGGCCAUCCAUGGCGCGGACCUCACCGGCAUGAUCUUUUUGCCGCAGGGCGCCGCGGUCGUGGAGGUGGCGGUGGAGUGCGAGCUGGAGGGUGGCAGCGUGGACUCCCCCUUCUGGCGGGGGCCAGGCACGCACAUGAACUCCUCCGUGUUCGAGGAGGCCGUCGACGCUUGGCGGCGCGACAGCGCGGCGGGCAGAUGCCCGGCGGCGGGCGCCACUGACCGCCGGUGGUUGCAGGGCUUCCCGGUCUCGCAGUUCGCGAAGCUGGCGCGGCAGGCGAAUUUGCUCUACACCGCCGUGAUGGACUGCAGCGAGUCGGACUGCCCUGGUCGCCAGAUGGGCGACGUCUGGGACCGGGGCUGGUGCACCGCCGCGGACGUCAAGAAGAGAAGAUUCGUGGACGUGGACAUCGAGGACCACCUCGUCCCCACGCUGUGGGCCAUCUUCGACGGCUACCUGAGGUGGCGAGCGCCGCCCAACUGA